AUGAAUGAAGAGAUACGAGAUGGGCUGAGAAGAGUAAUUUGGGAGCCAAGCGCUAAGACAGGCGGUAAGCUCGACGAAUGGAGUGCGACUGAGAUUUUGCACACAACACAGUCUGUCAUCAGCCAAUUGAUUUGCCGGCUUGUUGUCGGUAGGACAUUCUCAAGGAACUUAGAGUUCACUCAGAAAGUGGCUGACUUCUCGUACUCGGUCAUAAUUUGGUCCAUAAUCCUAGAUUGGAUCCCAGAUUUCCUGCGCCCAUGGAUUGCUUGGCUGUUGCCUAUCGAGAAGACCAAAUCCAAAAUUUCGGACUAUCUAUGUGGGGAAAUACUGAGGUGCCUGAGCAGUCCGCUAGCAUCGACUGAGACAUCUGCAAUACUUCACCAGCUAGUACAUCUAUCUCGAGCCGAGAAUGGAAACUCCUUUUAUUCAGUUGAUGAGACAAUCAAAUGUGUCACGACACAAUUCUUAUCCAUAACUUUUGGGGCGAUAGAUCCCACCACGGUAGCUGUUUCACAAGUUGUGCUGGAUUUGUUGAGCCAACCUUCAAGCAAAUAUCUCGUGGCAUUGCAAGAAGAAGCCACAACAGUCCUCGCCAGACAUGGUGGCAACUGGAGCUUGGAAGCAGUGAAAGAGCUAAAGUUGAUGGAUAGCUUUAUUCGAGAAUCACAAAGAUUGCAUCCCAUUGGAAUUACUCUUGCCGCAAGAAAAGUUAUACACAAAGGAGGCUGGACAUUUGAAAACGGUGAUCACGCGCCUGCAGGGUCAUUAAUAUCGGUCCCUACUUACGCCAUUCAUCAUGACAAGGCUUUAUACUCGGAUCCAGAACAGUUUGAAGGGUUUCGCUUCGUGGAAGAUGACAAGUUGAAGACAACAGGGGAUGCUUUCCUGGCGUUUGGCUAUGGCAGACACGCAUGGUAA